AUGGGCGAGCAGGAGUCGAGCAGAACAGUGUUCGUCUGUGAGACCUUCUGGCGACUGGUCUCCCUCGCUAUCAAUGUGGCCAUGGUUGUCGUAGGUUCCCUGUACGUCCACGACUGUCCAGUCCAGUACAUGAUCCCGGUGUACCUGAUCGUGUACGGGAUCUUCCUGCUGCUGCCCACCUUCACGGCACGGCACAAGACGGGAGCCGGGGAGGAGCCGCCCGACGUGCUGCAGUCCCCCGCACAGUGCUGCUUCCAGGGCGUCGUCGGCUGUUUCCUCAUCGUCUGGUUUAUCGGAGGAACCAGUUGGGUGUAUCCUGCCUUUCCUGUGGUGGACAUGUCCAACACCACCAGUUCUAACUACUGCCAACCCGUCCUGUACAACUUCGCCUUCACCGUGACCACAGCCACGUGGGUGGUGGCAGGCGUCGGGCUCGUCGCCUCGCUAUGUUACCUCGGCUAUACGCUGGUGCGUGGCGACCAAAAUACAUACAGCGAGGUCUAAAUUGUAUCUAUUAACGUAACUAUGCGAGAGUAAAUUUGAGUAAGUGAAUUGAAACAAAAGCAGCAAAAAAUAAUUAUGUUUCAUUUCUGAAGAAAAGUACCACAACAAUGAUUUUAUUAUUUUCUGACACUUAGAUGUUAAGAAUAUGCUGUGUACUAAUACACAUCUUUACAUAUGUAAACCUACGAAAAUAUUUUGGUGCACUGGUGCACCCACAGAAAGAAAAUUGGGUGCACAGCUCCAAAUUUGGGUGCACUAAGGUGCAAAUGUACCCAGUUUUUCGAGCUCUGCUUUCGUUAUUUAUAAUCAACAUCGUAGGCUUGCGUAGCUUUGAGUCAAAGUGUUUGAUCAUGAUACAUUUCUGAUAGGUUUCAGACCCUAUGUUGACUUAUUUUGUUUGCAUUUUAUAUUUACGUUUGAUACUUGGUAUUGUAUUGAUUUUGUAAAUAUGCAAUGUUGAGUAGACUUUUGACUUUGAUUUCUAAAUGGACUUAAACCUAUUAUAUAAUGUAAAUAAUAAAUUGAUGCGCAGAAUCAUCACAAAAUUAUCUAUAAGUUCAAGUAAACAAAUGAUUGAAAGUAUAAUUCAAUCUUAUCGAACGAUUUUGACUGUUAUUCUUAAUUAGCAGUUCAACCAAUGAUAGCAUUGUAAUUACUGUUCCACCAAUGACACAGUAGCAUGUCCGUAACAUAUUUGCAUUUACAUGUUUUUAGUUUGCAUUGCUAAUGCGAUGCCUCUCAAUAUUGCUAGGGGGCGUAGUAAGAACAGCAGGAGAUGAAUUGAAGCAUAAUUGUUAGAAGUCGUAGGUACCUUGGCCAGUAUGGUUUUCAUUAUUCUGAAUGAACGUUUAUCGCCAAGAUCAUAAAAUGUAUUUUGAAAACAUGAGAGUUGCCACAUUA